UGGUCAAAGAAGCCACCUUCGUGUUACCCACAGUAAUAAUACCCGAUCAUUCAGACGGAGUUGAGCCACAGUACCAACACAGUUACUAUUAUGAGUGGAGCUCAGUCUUUUUGUUUACGUGGGCACAGGUUAAUGUACAUGGAGUUAAUAUUCAGGUCAGUAUCCAAGCCUCAGAGUCUGACAACACGCCCUGGCUAAAAUGUCCACAGAACUAUUUCGUCAGCAAUGUCAACAAUCUUAACCUUUACUGUGGUUUUGAGAUCUACAUCAAAAGAAUUAACAUUACCAUCUCAGCAGUCAGCCCCUUCUCUGUUAAAGCCAUACAUAUAAGCGGAGGUCGAGAACUGCAACCUCUAAAACAACCUCCUAUCAUAAACACACAUUUUUUUGAGGGUCAGACACAGAACGGUCUCUUAUUUUUGGAUCUCUAUUUCAAUGAAAGUUUCUAUGAGCAGACGUGCCGAUUUCUGUUCCACAACAGCGUCCUUGUGAAUCGAUAUGAGUUCCUCUUACAUAACAAAGUAAGAGCCAUAACAUUAGAAUCGUUCCCACCACGUAACUCUCAACGCCUACUGGUUACCCAGAACUCUCUUGGCCCUGGCCCAUACAUGAUGCUUCCUAAAGACAAUGCACCAUUGAAUGAAGUAGUUAUAACUUUCACAACGAUAGAGCCCUUAACAGAUUGCAGAGGAAUCCGGAUUCUUGGAGACAAUACAUGUCCUGACGGCUUUUAUAGUUCAAGAUGUGAUAAUCAGUGCAUAUGUCCUCUAGGCCAAUGUUGGGUCAGCACUGGAGACUGUAAAAUAAACAAAACAAUGGAAAGUGUCACUCAGUUGUGCCCAUGGGGCUACUACGGAGAAGGGUGCGACCUCCUCUGUCCAGUCAAGUGUGACGAUAACGGAUGUGAUCCAAUCUCUGGUCACUGCAGCGGAUGUCAACCUGGUUAUUUUGGUGACACGUGUCACGAAAUUUGCAAUCUCACUUACUACGGCAGUAACUGUCAGAACAGAUGCAGCUCUCAGUGUUAUCUUGAUUUCUGCACUCCUAAUACAGGACAUUGUCUCGAGUGUCCAUCUGGAAAGAAAGGGAUCCUCUGUGAACAAGACUGUUCGGAUGGUUAUUACGGGCGUGCAUGUUCUGGAAUGUGCCCAGAGAACUGUCCAUCUGACUGUGAAAAAGCUUCUGGACACUGUUUGAUCUGUAGCAAGGGAUAUCAAGGAUCAUUUUGUGAUCGAAAAUGCGACCUUGGUACUUUUGGACAAAAUUGUAGUGCUGAAUGUCCGAAAAACUGUUUGGAAAGUAUAUGUGACCACAAGACUGGGCUGUGUUCUGCCUGUAAACCAGGUUACAAGGGGAAUCAGUGUACCGAAGUGUGUGAGCCAGGCAAGUAUGGAGUGAAUUGCUUCAGUUCAUGCCCAUUGAAAUGUCAGAACGGUUGUGAUGGCGUCAGUGGCAUAUGUGGCAGCUGUCAAGCAGGCUAUUCGGGAUCGUUCUGUGAUGAAGAGUGUACAGGUAACUCCUAUGGUGAAAACUGUGCCUCUAAAUGUAGUGCUGAUUGCUCAGACCUGAAGUGUCAUUCUGUUAACGGGAAAUGUCUCAAAUGUCCCCCUGGAAAAGUUGGAGAUUUCUGUGAAAAAGAAUGUUUCAAAGGUUUCUACGGAAACAACUGUGAAAGUCGUUGUCCACUGCAUUGCGCCAAUCAAGAAUGUCAUAUAGAAACUGGACACUGCCCUGCAUGCGUCCUUGGAUACGAAGGUCUUUCAUGUGAGCGAGAAUGCAGACGUGGCACUUUUGGAAUCGCCUGCAACCAAACAUGUCCGCCGAACUGUAACGGAGACAUUUGCGAUGCUGCCACCGGCCAGUGCACGGAAUGCAAACCAGGUUAUCAGGGAUAUCAGUGCGAAAAAGUUUGUAUGCCCACUUUCUACGGAGACAAAUGUCGCACAAAAUGCAGUGAACUGUGUCGAGAGAAACUCUGCCAUCCUGAAACUGGCUCUUGCAUUAAAUGUAUACCUGGAACGUCUGGAGAAUUUUGUCAGCAAGCUUGUCCUCCCAACACCUAUGGUGACGACUGUAUAUUCCGAUGUAGCCCUGAUUGUAAGGCCAAUGCUUCUGCCCCUCUGGACAUUUGCCAUCCAGUGACAGGAGUCUGUUCUUAUCGAGAGUCUGCCCCUCAUCAAGCCGAAAAAGAAGUCGGCGAAAAGGGCGUGUGGGUCGGCAUCACGUGUACUGUCGUCAUCGGCGUGAUCAUCGUGGGUCUGGUGUGCCUGUUUCAAAAGAGGAGGAUGAGCCUGAUGACCAUGCUGGGCACGUCUAAACGAGACCAAGGCUUUGACAAUGUUGUGUUUACACAUCAAAAUGUCCAAAGCAAUGUUUGAUGACGGUAGACGCCCAGAUUCGGACAGAGACAUGAAAUAGCCAGCAAUACAAUGUAAGGGGACAAUAACAAGCUCAGUGUAUGCGUGAAUGGCAUUACAAUCCUAGGAUAGAAUGCUACACAUGCUUGGUUACGAAUAGGAAUUUUGCGUGUCAAAGUUGGGCUGUGUUUGUUUUGUUUAUUAUGAGUUUAGGUUUUAUAGCGUAGUAACAAUAACGUCAUAGAAAAAAACAAGGACUAGAGUUAGAUAUGAAACAAGAAAAAAAAAUAAAACUUUUCACAAAUAAUUCUUAUAUUAAGCGUAGUUGUAUUAAUUUCUUUUGAAUCAGUUUCUGCCUUGUCGAAAUUCGGAUAUAGACUAACAAUAAUAAAUCUUUGUGCUUACAAAUAAUGUUACUAAUUGUUUUCGUUAGUGCAAUUUCAUGCUUUUAGUUUUCUGCAAUAUUUUAUGAUCCUAUCAUUUCUCUAGCAAUUGUAAAGCUGUGGGGGAGAUAGAAGGGGGUAUCUAGGUGAUCACUUUUAAAAUGCUUUUAUUUAAAAAAAAAAGGUGAACUCGAGGGCAAAGGCCUUUUCAGUCUCCUGUACACUAACCACUAUGCCAGGAAAGUUCUUAUGAAAAUAUAAGGCUUUGUAGUUAUCUAUUGUUAGUUUAAAACAUUUCUCUCUACAAAGUAUAAAAGUGAAUAAUUCAAAUUAUAUCUUUUUAACAGUCAAGUACAAUUUCUUUCUAUUGUUCGAUAAACCAAACAAAAAUUAUUUAUUACUAAUACUUAAUUAACUAAUUGGUUAUUUUUUUAAAAUCGAUUCUUGUUUAGUCAGGCAAUAGAAAUAAUUGUGCAAAAUUUCAGUUAGACCGAGAUUGGGUGUGGGAGAAAUAACGUGUACAAGCUUUUUAUCAGACAUACAGAGUGACUUUAUGUACGCUUUGUAAUAAUAAAAGGCAGUUGAUUGAUUAGCAUCUUAGCAGGCAGUUUCCCAUUGAGUACGUUUAGACUUAGUCAUUUUGUUUAGAG